CCUGCCUGCGAAAUCCGGAGGCAAGCAGAAGGAGGGGCUGGCUUGGAGAAGUGACCAGCGCUCUCCUAGCUGACCCCCAGCCCUGCCCCUCCUGGACUAAUGGCUCUUCUCAGCUUCAGCAGUCUCCAACGUGGACAUCGCUGGGGGUCCUCCCCACCCCAGGGAGGCAAUCACCUGCUCAGACACUCUAGCAGCCACUGAGGCUAAGGGCUCCAGCGUUCCCAGGCCCAUGGAGGCCUCCUUCCCUCUGAGUUCUCUGCCCACAGCGCCCACGCCAGGGCCCCCUUGGACUCAAGCCCCCCAAAGCCACGGUGAGAAAUACCUUCUGAGGGCUUGACUGCUGGGGGCCCGGAUGCAAACUUGGUCGCCUAAUCAGUCAAAGAUUGGGGGCAGGCUUUCUUGGGAAAAGUGCCAGGACUUCUCGAAGGGCACCUUUCAUCUCCUUCAACGCCCGGCUCCCACAGCUGGUGCAGAGCACCCAGAGGGAGGGCCCAGCAGGUAUGGACCAGAGGCGCACAGAAGACCUGCAGGCAGCCUUCCAGGAAUUGCUGACGGCUGGCCCAGCCCCAUCCUCUUGCCCUUCCUGCCUCAAGUUUUGAUCAUCUUUCCAGACCCUGGGGGGCCUCGCCUGGGUGUCUUGUCCCCCUAGGCUCCAAAAGGCUCACCUGGGGAGCCAUCUGUGAGAUGAGGCUCCCAGGAAAGGCUUAAGCCAUGAGACCACGUGCUGCGAGGCCCCACCUAACAGGCCGCUGGCCCCUGGUGUAGCUCCCUUCCUGUGCCACUGGCUCUUCAGUCCAUGGACACAGGCCCAGCCCCAAUGAGCUCCCUUCCACACUGCUGCUCCCAGCUGCCUAGGAAAGGGGACACUUGGGCCCAGCUGCCGUGGCCUGGGCCACCCCACCCAGCCAUGCUGCUCCUCUCCCUCCUCCUGGUAGCUGGGAUGAGGCCCUCAGCGGAUGCUGGCACCAGCUGUCCAGUCCUCUGCAUGUGCCAUAACCAGGUAGUGGACUGUAGCAGCCAGAGGCUCUUCUCCGUGCCCCCAGACCUGCCCAUGGACACCCGAAACCUCAGCCUGGCCCACAACCGCAUCACUGCCGUGCCGCCCGGCUACCUCACAUGCUACAUGGAGCUCUGGGUGCUGGAUUUGCGCAACAACUCCCUGGUCGAGCUGCCACCAGGCCUCUUCCUGCACGCCAAGCGGUUGGCACACCUGGAUCUGAGCUACAACAACCUCAGCCACGUGCCGGCUGACAUGUUCAGGGCAGCCCACGGGCUGGUGCACAUCGACCUGAGCCACAACCCGUGGCUGCGCAGGGUGCACCCCCAGGCCUUCCAGGGCCUUGUGCACCUCCGAGACCUGGACCUCAGCUACGGAGGCCUGGCCUUUCUCAGCCUGGAGGCUCUUGAGGGCCUACCAGGGCUGGUGACCCUGCAGAUUGGUGGCAACCCGUGGGUGUGCGGCUGCACCAUGGAGCCCCUGCUGAAGUGGCUACGGAAUCGGAUCCAGCGCUGCACGGCUGAUUCUCAGCUGGCUGAGUGCCGGGGUCCCCCCGAAGUUGAAGGUGCACCACUCUUCUCCCUCACCGACGAGAGCUUCAAGGCCUGCCACCUAACACUGACCUUGGAUGAUUACCUGUUCAUCGCCUUCGUGGGCUUUGUGGUCUCCAUUGCAUCCGUGGCCACCAACUUUCUUCUGGGCAUCACAGCCAACUGCUGCCAUCGCUGGAGCAAAGCCAGUGAAGAAGAAGAGAUUUGACAGAGAAGCCUCGCACCCCUCCAUGCUGCCGACCACUGCUGCCACUGACCGCUCCGCACCCUUGCUCAUUACCCACUCUGGUUCGAUGCAUGAAACCUUGACCACCAUUGUCCUGGGAACAAGGUCGGGGAAACUCACUUUACUUGGGCAUGGACUUUGGGCCAGGCACUUGAGUGCUGGGAACUGGGAACAUGAGAUAAGUCUAACCCAGCCCCUGCCCUCGAGGUGCUUAUUUUUAGCAAGGGAGCAAGAUUUGAGCACGGUUCCCUUUAGGAUGACAGGUCGGUACUCUGAGCACGUAGCUAUGAAAGCUCAAAGCACUAUUGAUGUCCCUAGCACAGUCUGAGAGAACUAUAAAAGUGGAGGUGAUUUGGGAGCUGGGUGAUGAUGAAUGAGUAGGACAUGGUCAAGUAGACAGUCGUCAAGGAGGGUGAACAUGUGCAAAGGACAGAGGCCAGAAGAUGCCUAGUGGGUUGCACAUUAUUAACCAUCCUUUGUAACAUAAGUGCAGGGAGGGGGAGCGGUCCAGAACCCAAACUUUCCCUCUGACACUCAAUCUAUCAGCUCUGGGCAUUGCCAACCACUGCUUCUAGAGAGGGAGAAAGCUUUCCCGCCAGCCUGCUCACCUUUCUCCUAUCAGAGCUACCAGGUGAGACCACCUCCCGGGGAGUGCUCCCCAUAGUCUCAUUGCCAACUGCAGCGUGCUGGUGAGGUUUCAGGUAGCAAGCUGAGGAUAGACACCCUUCACUGCCCUCUCUCCUGCCCUGGCCUGCUGCCUUUCACUCAACCCUGUGCUUCAGAAGAGGGAGGCAGGUAGAGGGGCCCAGCUAGAGUGCCCUGUUCACUCAUCAGGAGGCUGGUUCUUCCCCUGGUGCUCACCAAAAGAUCUCACCAGGACAGUACACUGUGGGCUACAGACCUGUAGCAUGGCGCUAGCCACCACCGUUGUAACCAGAGGAAGGAUCGUCUUCUAUCAACACCCAUUUUAUCAUAGGGAUGGGUGGUGGUGAGGGGUGUGGUUCUGACUCAUCAUGACUCCAUGUUAUACAGAACUACUCCAUUGGGUUUUCUUGUCUGUAGGCUUAUGGUAAGCAGAUUCCCAGUCCCUUUCCUCCACAGUACCACUGAAUGGGUUCAAACCACCAACCUUGAGGUUAGUAGUCUAGCACAAACCAUCUGUGCCACCUAGGCGAGAGAGUGAUUAAUUACUGAGCACCAGCCAGUGCCAGGCACUGUGAUAAGCUCUCUCCCCAGAUGGGUCCCGGUAACACAAACAAUAAUCUUGUGCGAUGAGCUUCACAGAUGAGGAAAUUGAGACUCAGAGAGAUUCCAGUCACUCACUCCUUAAGGAGCGAAAUGAAGGUUCUCAAGUUUUCACAAACUCAGGUGGGGAGGUAGAGCAUCAUAUUUUCCUCUCCACUGAUCACUGUAAACCUGGAUUCCAGUAAUGUUGAUGAGGCUGCUCUAAAGCUCAGGCACCACGCUGUGCACUUUUACAUCGAGUGACGUGUGUACUUCCACCCUCCCAGCACCAUUUACCCCGUCCACAGACAACUCAGCUGUGGCUCCAAGAGUGAGUCACUGACCCCAGAAUAUCUUGCUAAGGGCAUUAGGAAGGCCAUAGGUAGCCCCAUCCAUGAAAAUGGGUCAUCCACAAAUGAAGUAACUUUGGGUGCAAAACAAGGUUGCCAUCGUCCUUGCCAGCAUCUCCAUCAGCUUUCUUAUAUUCCUCACUUGAUUUGGUCAGCCCAGGUCAGCUCAUGAAAUGCUUUAGCCUCCUCUUCUUUCACUUUCCACACUCCUGUGUGAGAAGCCAACUAAACCUCAUUGCUCCUAUUAUGCAGAUGGGAAAACAGAGGCUGGAGAGGUAUGGCUUGCUGAAGCAGUAGGGGUGGGGCUUCUGACUCCAACACAGUUCUCCUUCCACUGUUUUGUGCAGUGCUUGGAGAAGAGACUGUGUUGAGGGCUUGGGGAGUAGAGCCCUAGAUCCGCAGGCAUGAGAAUGUUAGCAGAUAGACUAAAGAAAGGGCAGUGAGCCUGAGCUGCUGGGCAGGUUUAGAUCGGCUCAUUGUAGAGCAACUCACACCCUCCUGGAGCACAGAGGCAGCAUUCACGCUGGUGGUUGUGGUGGCAGUCAUGUGAAAAAUGGGAGAGGAAGCUCUGUAAAGCAUUCCUACAUAACACCUGAGGUGCUGUUUUGUAAGAAUAAUUAAGGGUAAAGAGAAAGAGUAAUGAAGGGUAAGGAAAAACCAGGCUCUUCUGGUUAGGUGAAGAGUAUAAUGAGACCCUAAAGGAGGAGUAGAUUUAAAAAUAAAUGCUAGCUUAUCUUUCAUAAGACUUCAAAGUACAAUCAUGGUCUCAUGCGUUGGCAGCACUGACCGGAAUGAAUCAGGACAGGAGCUCUCUGCCACGUCCCCAUCCCCAGUAGGCUUCCAUCACCCCAUGCUCCCAGCAAGGCCUAAAAAGUAUGGUGGAAGAUGGCAUAUUACCUUCCAGGAAGUCCUUCCUCCCAAUGCUCCACGAGGAGUUCCUGGGUGGGGCACAUGGUCAACGGGCUCUGCUGCUAACCACAGAGCUGGAGGUUUGAGUCUACCCAGAUGCUCCCCAAAGGAAAGAGCUAGAGAGCUACUUUCAAAAAUGCAAGCCCUGGAAACUCUAUGGAGCACAGCUCUACUCUAACACGCACGGAGUUGCCUGAAUCAGAAUGGACUCAAUAGCAACUGGGGAAUGCUUCCCUGGGCUAGUCAACCAAAGAGCUUGCGAGGCUUGGGAGAUUGGAACCUUGUGUCCCUUGAAUAUCUUCUUACAGCAUUGGGGCUAGAGUUCUGCUCCUAUGACAUCUGAGACAGAACAGCAACUUGUCUCUCCUUCUGUGCCCAAGGAUGGGAGGACUAGGCCUGCUGUCUACCAAUCCAGCUGAUUGGCUCAAGUAUUGAGGGAGAAGCUCAUCAAAAUAAUAGUUCCUCCCAUAGAGGAACACCAUGCGCAUUCAUGAUAACCUCCUAGGAACUCCUGUAUACUAAUAUGUAGGUAAUAUAUCUCAAGAUACAUCCCUUUUUGCAUAGAACUAGGACCUAGCAAACUGACAACUAUCCCUUAAGAUAAGUAUUGUUGGGUUUUUUUCUAGUAAGAUAAUUUGGUCUCCAUUCAUGGCAAACCUUGCUGAGAAAGAGAGAUGGUUUUAAAGAACAGAGUUUCUCUAACUUCUGAAAGGUCCCCAGUUCACUAAAGUACACAGAGAGAAGCGACUUGGUGUAUCCGACCUCCCUACUGACAAGGAAUCCAUUCCCUGCUCACUACCCCACCACCAUCACCACCACUACGCCUUGUUCUGGCUGUCAGAAGCAACAAAUAAGCACACUUCCAGAGGCAAUGUAGAAAUCCAGUGAGAAUUGCUCCUGCUGAUGUUCGCUGGUGAGUGAGAAUCCAUUAUGGCAUUCCCACAGGCUUCACUAUUUCUUUUCCAGACUGCUUAACAUGUGAGUGUUGGGGUUCUUCUGAGUCAUUGUGUCUGUCUCUACUGUAAGGCUCUUUAUGUAUUGGGUAGCCACAGAUGUCAAGCAGAUCUCUGUGGAAUUUGCACUCGGUCCAUUGACACAAUCUACUCAGUCUUCUGUCUGUCGCAUCUUUUGAUAUGCCAAGAUGGAAACCAGUCAGGCCUGGAAUUGGGCUGACUGCUUAGAAAAUUUUGGGGGGGAAAUCAAGCAGCCUACUGAGAGUCUGGCUUUUUCCUGUAACCCUCUGUUCUCUGUCCCGAAAAGAGUUGCCCUACUCAUCGGCACCUCCCUCAUGCUUGAUCCAAGAAGAUCUAAGUGUAACCAACCCACGAGGACUACAAUGAUCAGGAUCUAAGCCAAGAAAAGUAUACUUUGAAAAGAGCUCAGAUUCACACCACUGUAGACCAACUGCCUCUGGUCACCCUCAGACAAACCCUCAUCUCUGCUUCUCUAGAAAAUAGGCCCCUGGAAAUAUUGUAGUUUCCCAGUUCCUUUCAUGGACCUUGAUGCAUACAAUUCACAAUGAUCGAGGCAAAUACUUCUCUUCAACCAUCAAGCAUCAGCCCCACGUGGUUGACGUGCCUCUGACAUCCUUUCCAGCUCUAGAAGAAUUUAAGGGGACACCAUUGUCCACGACUCACAAGGACAUCUCAAAGCUAAAGGAACCCGUCUGCUUUCACCACCCUAAAAAGAGGCCAGAAGGAAAUGAGGGAGGCAGGUUGCAACGUCCUUCCUAAAUCACCAUUGCGUUUGCUGGCACGGGGUAGAGACUCUGAAGCAACAAUAGCGCUCAGUUUUUCUAACUUUCUGCCCUAUGGAGUGCUGAUG